CAGAUCAUUUGUUAGCAAAUAAAAUAUAAAUAUAAACCAUUUACACCACAAUAUGAUAUUGAUUGAGCAAGCCAUUUCUGAAUCCAUCCCUAUGUUUUUACUCACCAAAUAUAUUCCGAAUCAAUCCUUGUACAUUAGUUUACGUCUGUAUUCUUGGGAAGACUCACUGGAUUGGCCGGCUGACUAUCAAAGAAAAUGAUGUUUAGUUGUUUACCAACCAUAAAUAAUCCGGAAAAUGUCUUAUUAGCAUGAACUCUUUUUAUCUGAAUUGAAUCAUUGGCAUCAGCUACACUUCAUCACAUUUGCUAUUCUUUCAACUUUCUCAAUUUGCAUACUCCCUUUCCUUCCUUCCAUGGCGGUUGAACUAGUUGGAGGUGCUCUUGCUUCCGCUUUCUUUCAGGUCACAUUUGAAAGGCUAGCUUCUGCUGAUAUUCUGGCCUACUUUCGUGGAAGAAAACUCAAUGAGAAGCUGCUCAAAAAGCUCCACAUCAUGCUGCUAUCCAUCAAUGCUGUUGUUGAUGAUGCAGAGCUAAAGCAGAUCAGAAAUGGAAACGUGAAAGCAUGGCUUGAUGCUGUCAAGGAUGCUGCCUUUGAUGCAGAGGAUCUCUUGGAUGAAAUAGACGCUCAACUCUCCCUAAAAAACCAGGAAGCUGAAUCUCAGCCCACUGCCAGCAAGGUAUGGAAUUUCUUCAAUGCUACUGUGAGUGCAUUUGAUAAGGAAAUUGAACCAAGGAUGCAAGAAAUCCUUGACAACCUAGAAUAUCUUGCUAGGCAAAAGGAUAUACUAGGUUUGAGAGAGGGAGCUGGUUUUGGUGUUGGGUCAACUAGGCAAGUGUCACAAAAAUUGCCAUCAACAUCUUUGUUUGGUGAAACUGUUAUAUAUGGUAGACACCAUGACAAAGGCACUGUCUUUGGUUGGUUGAUGUCCGACUCUGAGAAUGAUGACCAUCAGCUGUCCAUAAUUUCUGUAGUGGGUAUGGGCGGCAUGGGUAAGACCACUCUUGCCCAACAUUUAUACAAUGACCCAAGGCUGGAGGGUAAAUUUGACAUCAAAGCUUGGGUCUGUGUUUCAGAUGACUUUGAUGUUUUUAAGGUGACAAGAGCAAUUCUAGAUGAAAUCACUAGAUCCAGUGAUGACAGCAGAGAGCUCAAUACGCUUCAGGUAAAACUGAAAGAAAAGUUGAUGGGGAAGAGCUUUCUUCUUGUUUUGGAUGACGUUUGGAAUGAAGAUCACAUGCAAUGGGAAUCUCUCCGAGCUCCUUUCAGCAGUGCUGCUCAAGGAAGCAAAAUUCUGGUCACUACACGCAGUAUGAAAGUUGCUUCAAUCAUGCGAUCAAAUCAGACCUGUCAGCUAGAACAAUUACAAGAACAACAUAGUUGGCAAUUGUUCUCUAAGCAUGCAUUUCAGGAUGAGAAUUCUCAGUUAAAUCCAGACUUUAAGGAGGUUGGUAUAAAGAUAGUUAGAAAAUGCAAAGGCUUGCCUCUAGCCUUGAAAAGUAUUGGAAGUCUCUUAUACACAAAAUCAUCUUCAUUGGAAUGGGAGAGAAUAUUGAAAAGUGAGGUAUGGGAGAUACCAGAAGCGGAUAACAAUAUCAUCCCUGCUUUAAUACUAAGCUAUCAAUACCUUCCUUCUCAUCUGAAGAGAUGCUUUGCUUAUUGUUCUUUAUUCCCCAAAGGCUAUGUGUUUGAGAAAGAGGAUUUAGUUCUACUAUGGAUGGCAGAAAAGUUUCUAAAAUGUUUUCAGAAGGGUAAGAGUAUAGAAGAAGUGGGUGAAGAGUACUUUAAUGAUUUGUUAUCGAUGUCUUUUUUUCAACAUUCAAGGGGAGAUCGAAGGAAAUUUGUCAUGCAUGACCUUCUCAAUGAUUUGGCAAAAUAUGUGUCUGGGGAUUUUGCUUACAGGUUGGAGGUUGAAGAAGCACAAAAUAUAUCGAAAAUGAUUCGUCAUUUUUCAUUUUUAAGAAGUAAAUAUGAAGCUUCUGAAAGAUUUGAUGCAUUGUACAAUACCAAUCGAUUACGAACAUUUCUACCAUUAGGUAGGAAUGCCAACGUACUCUUUCGCUCACCCUUCUGGAUAUCUGACGUGUUGGUGCAUGCAUUGGUCUCCAAGUUCAAGUAUUUGCGUGCCUUAUCUUUUUCUGGUUAUGGGGUGUUUGAGUUGCCUGACUCAGUAGGCAAUCUUAUACAUCUGCGUCAUCUAGACCUUUCUUGUACCCUCAUAAAAAAGUUACCUGAUUCAAUAUGUUUUCUCUAUAACUUAGAGACAUUGAAGUUGAAGGAAUGCCAAUCUUUGGAAGAGCUGCCCUUGAAUUUGCAUAAACUCACUAAAUUGCGCUAUCUUGAUUUUAGUGGAACAAAGGUGAGAAAAAUGCCAAUGCACUUGGAAAAAUUAAACAAUCUUCAAGUACUGAAUUCAUUUUAUGUGGGAAAAGGUGGUGAGUAUAAUAUUCAGCAAUUAGGUGAACUCAAUCUUCAUGGAGCACUAUCAAUUUUUGAGCUGCAGAAUAUUGUCAAUCCCUCGGAUGCAUUAACAGCAAAUUUAAAAAAUAAAGUACACCUCGUGAAGCUUGAGUUAGAAUGGAGUGCAAACGAUGAUGAUUCACAGAAAGGAAGAGAAGUUCUUGAGAAGCUGCAACCUUCCAAACACUUGAAGAAGCUAUCAAUUAGCAACUAUGGCAGUACCCGAUUUCCAGAUUGGUUUGGAGAUAAUUCGUUGUCUAAUGUGGUGUCCAUAACAUUGAGAUAUUGCGUCAAUUGUGUGUCAUUGCCUUCCUUUGGGCUGUUGCCAUCUCUGAAGAAGCUUUCAAUUAUUGGGCUCCAUGGGGUAGUGGUAAUUGGUGGUGAGUUUUAUGGGAACGGGAGUUCUACUAUUCCAUUUGCAUCAUUGGAAAGAUUAGAAUUUGAGGAUAUGAAAGAAUUGGAAGAAUGGGAAUGUAAAAGAGUGGGGGAUUUUUUUCCACGCCUCGAAGACCUUAUUGUUUCGAAUUGUCCCAAGCUAAAAGAGCAUUUGCCGAAACAGCUUCCUUCUUUGAAGCUAUUAUCUAUUAAUUGCUGUUUUCGGCUUGUGGGUUCUGUUCCAUUGGCUCCAUCCAUUCAAAAAUUGAAUCUACAUAACUGUGGAAAGCUGCAAUUUGGUCAUAAUCCCUCUACUCUUCAAAGGCUCAGGAUUGGUGGACGUUGCAUGAAAGGUUCGUUGCUUGAAAGCAUUUGGCACACCAUAUCUAAUAAUACCUCUCUUGUUGAAUUACUAAUUGUUACUUGCCCAAAUAUGAACAUUCCCAUUAGCCCUUGCUACAAAUUCCUUGUAUCAUUGACCAUCAUUGAUAGCUACAAAUCUCUAAGGAUCUUUCCUCUGCAUUUCUUCCCCAAUCUCAAUUCUCUCGAACUGGUGCGUUGCCCCAAUCUUGAAAUGAUUACACAGGAGGAGCAUGGCCAUAAUCUCACUAAGCUGAAUAUCCUAUGGUGCCCUAAGUUUACAUCAUUUCCCAAAGGAGGACUCUCUGCACCGAGGCUACAGAAUUUUAAUAUUAGUGGAUUGGAGAAUUUAAGAUCAUUGCCUGAAAGCAUGCAUAUCCUUCUUCCAUCUCUUGAUGAGCUCAACAUAUGUGAUUGUCCACAACUGGAGCCGUUCUCUGAUGGAGCUUUGCCGCCAAACCUACAAUAUUUGAUUCUUGGAAAACGUUUUAUGCCAUCACUGAUACAGGCUUUGGCAGCCAACACUUCUCAGCUUCGCUUGCGUUUCACAUUAAUGGAUGAUGUGGAGUGUUUUCCUGAUGAAGGGUUGCUGCCACACUCACUCACUUCUCUGGAGAUAUAUAAUUUUCCAAAUCUUACAAAACUGGACUACAGGGGUCUCUGCCACCUCCCCUCUCUCACAGAAUUGCAUCUUUUUAACUGCCCCGGACUACAAUGCUUUCCGGAGGAGGGUCUUCCUAAAUCCAUUUCAAAAUUAUCUAUUCGACGCAACUGCCCGUUGCUCAAACAGCUUUGCCAGAAACCAAAUGGUGAAGAUUGGGGGAAGAUUAGUCACAUUCAAUGGAUAUAUAUUGAUGAUGAGUGAUGAUUUAGUAACAUGAAGUUCAAGUUUUAAAUGAGGCAUGCACCAAUUGCUGUGUUCUCUCCUUUUGGUCAGGUAGAAGAGAGCUCUGAUUACUCUUUUGAGAAGACCAAUCAAAAUCAAGCUGGUUUAAAUACUAAGCGUAAUCUUGAUCAUUGCUGGAUCAGGAGAAGUGAAGAAUAGACUGAGUGUCUGGAGAAGUUAGGUGCUAGACUAGAUUUGCAAGAGAAUUGAUUCCUAUUGGAGAUAUACUAUUUAUGUACUGAUAUUUGAAGGAUUCCACCUGAUCUGCAGUGCACAUUCAUAAAAGAUUUAGACCGCACAUUUCGUCCCGCAUUCAUCAAAGAUUCUCUAUUCUCAAGGGAACUUAUUCAGACUCUGAAAAUCAGUAUGGACCAUUGACAGAACCGAUGACAUAGAUGGAACAGUUUUAUACCUCCCAGAAAUAACUCUUGAAAAAGCUUCUCAAGCUCCAUGGUUUGCUGAGAUGCAAGAUAAUUAGGUCCCAAUCCAAUUUAUUCAAGUGGUAAAGUUAGUGGAGAAGAAGUACACCUGAUAAUGGCUAUAUAUCGACAAUGACUAAAUAAUGUUAUGAAGUGCAAGUUCUAAAAGAGGCAUGCACCAAUUGCUGUGUUCUCUUCCUUUUUAUCCGGUACCUGCUACACACACACAUGAUCAAUCACAUAUGUUUUCAUUUCAAGUUUAAUAUCUCUAGUGCUUUCAAAAUAUACAAUCUUGUUUAUUGGGAAUAGUUUUAUCUCUACUUUCUUAGCAACCAACAGCAGCAUAACUGAAACUGAUUAAUGUUUGUUAUAGGAGGAGCACUUAACCUACUCUAACAAGAUGACUUCAGGAAAUAUUAUAUCUAUUUUUGUAUAUGGCUCUGUUAUCUCUAUCUUAAUUCAGGUGCUGACAGAUUUACUGGAAAAAUUUAUUGUUUUUUUAGCCUGAGCGUACAUCAGUUUUCUUCACACAUCAGCAUUUUUUAUAUUUAUGUUUCCUCAUGCCCCAGUUGAAGUUUAGUCCUACUCAAAUUUUCUGCUUAUAUUUAGUGCUCAUGCUUGGCAUGGAGGUGGUGAAGUGCAAAAGUUCUGGCAAUGAAGCACAGCUUCACAGUGGUUGUAUAAGGUCGUUACUCUUUGUGGUAGGCUAAAGAGAAUUAUAGAUGGAAUGCUGAACAAAAUCUUGCCUAGGUGCUCUUCCUCUUCCCUCUCUUCUGAAUGUCAACAAACUGCAGCCACACAAACAAAAUCAUCAGAAAAUCCCACACCAUCAAACCAGGAAUAAUCUCUCACAGCAGAUCCUGAAAACAUUGACAGAGCUGUUUUACUUGGGUUCCUUGAACUUGUUGAUAUCACUUGACUGGAAGGAAACUAGCUAACUUUGGAGCACUGCAUCAAUUGGAAAGCUUUACCUUUCAUGCAAACCUUCACACAGGUGCGAUCCAACCAACAUGGCUUCAAUGACAUUUUUGAGCAAUCAGAACAUGUGAGGAGAAAUACUAACUAAUAAGCAAUUCAAUAACUUCAUAAAACCUUCCAUCUACAACUUUGGUGGAAAUUAUUUGCACAGAAAGAGAUCAGUGCCUACUGAUCAAGAACCAGAUUUCACUCAGAUGAGGAUCUGAUCUAGGCAUGUCUAAUGAGAAUAUAUGGUCCUAUCAAACUAUUCAUGUAAUCUUCACUAGUUUGUAACUUGAGUGAUAUUUAAAGUCACUUUGUAAUCAUAUCUAAUCAUGUAUCCAGGGAUUUAGCCAAUAAGGCCACUGAAUUUUUUUAAUUUCUCUGUUCAUUAUAUGAACUUUACAUAAAAUAUUCGAAUGAUUUUUAA